AAUGUAAAAAAGAUGUAUUCAUAGAUGGCAUUGUUGGUUACAUAGAAAAAAUCUUGUGGCUUUCACAGCAAAGGCACUUAAUGUUCUGAUACAACCAAAGCAACCCCUUAUUAUCUAAUGACUAAUGUAUCAAACAAUAUUUUAAGAGAUGUUUGUAAAUAAUUAUUUAUAUAGAUAUGCACAUAAUUAAUAACUAUAGUGAAGUAAUAGUGUGUCACUUGCGUUAUUUUUUUAAUAAUUGAUUGGAUUAUAGAAAAUUAAAAACAAUAGCUUAGUUAUUAAUAAUUUGAAAAUAUCCAAAUAAAAAUAUGUUUAAUCCUGUACAAAUAAAACAUGAAUGUAUAAGUGUAGAAGAUGCUAACUCUAAUGAUAGAAUUAACGCAUCGUUGGAUAAUUCCAAAUAUCCACUAUUUAAUAGUGCGGGUGUUGAGUAUAAAUAUAAUCAAUUACCACAAUUUUGGAGUCAUGCACAACUGUCAAAUGAGAUACAACCAAAGACUGAAAUGCACGGCCAACAAAGUUUAUUUCAAAUGGAAGAAAAUGAUCCUACACCAUACAUGAAAGAUUAUGCGCAAAAUGGUGUGUUAUUUCAAACCAAUCAGGAAAGCAAUGCAAAUCAGAAUCAAACGAGUCAACGAUAUCACAUAAAUAAUAUUCAAAAACCUGAACAGUCAACAAUUUCCCAAGAAAUGCAACAGUCAAAACUUACAAACCAAGUAUUAACUAUAUCAGAGCCGAUACCUUCGAUUAAAUCAAAUCUUCCUAUAAGAUCAUCUAAAGCUUCUCCUGAAUUAAGUGUAGGAAAAAAAUUUAAAUGUCAAUGUGAAAUAUGUUUCAAGGAAUUUGGACACAAAAGUAAUUUAUUUAUACAUAUGAGGACUCAUAACGGAGAACGACCUUAUAAAUGUACUCAAUGCGAAAAGUGUUUUACACACAGUGGGAAUUUAGCUAUUCACAUGAGAACGCAUUCUGGUGAACGACCAUAUGGUUGCCAAAUAUGUGGAAAAAUGUUUAGUCAUAGUGGAAAUUUAUCAACGCAUUUAAGAACUCAUUCAGGUGUCAAACCUUACAAAUGUAGUAUAUGUAAUAAAGAAUUCAGACAUAGUGGAAAUUUGUCGAUACACGAAAGGAUACAUUCUGGAAUUAAACCAUUUCAAUGUAAAGUUUGUGGAAAAGAUUUUUAUCACAGUGGAAAUUUAACAACUCAUAUGAAGAAACAUACCAUAGGUACUAAUAAUAGUAGUGUUAAUCAAUGUCAAGCUAACAAAGAUCAGACAAUGCCAAUUGCAAUAAAUUUUAGUAAUACUGUACCCUUAAAUACUUUUACAAAUAAUAUAUCUUUAAAUCCCACUGAUAUAAAAGUGAUAUCUAAUGCAAGCAACAUUGUUCCUAUAAAACAUGAAAGUAAUGAUGAAGAAUUAACGAAUGGUGCUGAAAUGUUAACGUCAACUUAAACAUCUAUUAAAUAUGUAUAACUCAAUAUUUUAAUAAUACUUCUGUUUAUAAAAUUUAUUUUUUAAUUAGAAUUGACCGAAAGAAAUAUUUUUAUCUGAGCUUGAAUUUCUUAUUGGUCAAUUGUCACUAAAGUGAUUAUAAAUAUAUAAAAAUAUAUAUUUUUGGAGUUAGAUAUAAUUUAACUCAUAAUACGACAUGUAAAAUAUAGUAUAAAAUAUGUGCAAUUUGAAAUAAUAUAUUAAUUAUGAAUCUAUCGUUCUGCUAUUAAGACUAUGUAACUAAACCAGACAUACAUGUCUAUUCUAAGUGUCUUACUUUAUUGACCAUUUGUAAUGUUCAGUUUAAUAAAAUGUCUCACUAUUAUUUUUUAUUUUAUUGCAAAUUAUUUACAACUUAACAAAUGCUUAAUUAAUUAUAAUUAAACUAAUCAGUUUUACAAAUCAUAAACUUACUGAAUUUUUAAAGUCAAAUAAAAUUUUCUUGUUAAAUUGUAUGUAUCUGUAAUGUAUAUAACCAUUUUUUAGAAAAUUGUGAACAUAUAAAGUUAACCACGUACCAGGUGUAUAAAAAUUAAUGUAAAGAGCACUGCAGCAUGAUUUUACACCUCUAGAUCGGUGAAAAUUUCAUUUUCAAGUCCAAUUUUUUUUUUAUUGUAAUAUAUUCUACUAAUAGUAUG